GCUGUCACAUGACCAUUGUCACAGGUCCUCAAUCGCAAUCUCUUCUAUUCUGCACUGCUGAGCUCCGCCCACUCCUGUCACAAGAUUCUCCCUAAAGGGUCCUUAAGCCACAGUCCCAUCUAUACUGCUAAAGUUUACUCCCAAAUGUACUGGUCACAUGAUUGUGACAUCAUCACAGGUCCUACACCUCCAGCAUGUAGCAGAUACAGAGCAGGUCCUGCUGGGGCAGUCACUGCUGUUGUGUUGUGUGUGGAGAUCUCUCAGAGAAGCAGCCCCUGAUCAUGUGACUCCUCCUCCUCCAUGUGACUGAUCACAUGACGGUGACAUCAUCGCAGGUCCUGUGAGCACACGGCUCCUCUACAGAUACAGGUUUCUCCAAUCCAGGAUCCUCUGCUGAUAUCUUCUAUAUAAGAGAAUUCUCCUGGAUGAUCAAUCAACCAUGGAGAGAGACAGGAACAAGAUGGCCGACAGGAUCAUAAACCUCACCCUACAGAUACUCUUCCGGCUUACUGGAGAGGAUUACACAGUAGUGAAGAAGUCCUCUAGUGAGCGCUGUCGGGCCCCUGUGUGUGAAGGAUGGGGAAGAACCCUGAGCCCAAUCCCGGGGCCCCCACCUCACUCCCUGAUACAUGAGGAAAUGGAUGAACAGAAGAUCCUAGAACUCAUCAACAAGAUGAUGGAGCUGCUGACUGGAGAGGUUCCUAUAAGGUGUCAGGACGUGGCGGUCUAUUUCUCCAUGGAGGAGUGGGAGUAUGUAGAAGGACACAAGGAUCAGUACAAGGAUCAGGUCAUGAUGAAGGAUCAGCAGCCCCUCACAUCACCAGAUAAUUGUACCAGGAGAUCAGAGGAGAAUCUUAUAUCUUCAGAUUAUAAAGCAGAUGAUGAUAUCACACAAGAUACAUAUGAAGAACAUUCCAUUAUCCCAGAUACACCCUCAGCCCUUCACAGCCAAGAUCUGUCAUCUCAUCCUUAUAUACAGGUCCUGUCUUCUCAGUCAUCACAGGAUGUUCAGCAAAAUAAAGGUCACAGAAGGGGUGCUGGACAUCAAAGACAUUGUGCAGGGAAGAAGCAAUAUUCAUGUUCAGUAUGUGGAAAAUGUUUUACUUCUAAAUCAAGUCUUGUUGAACAUCAGAGAACUCACACAGGGGAUAAACCAUUUUUAUGUUCAGAAUGUGGAAAAUGUUUUACUUUUAAAUCACGGCUUGUUAGACAUCAGAGAAUUCACACAGGAGAGAAGCCAUUUGUAUGUUCAGAAUGUGGAAAAUAUUUUACUCAGAAAUCACAUCUGUCUGAACAUCAAAAAAUUCAUAUUGGAGAGAAGCCAUUUUCAUGUUCAGAAUGUGGAAAAUGUUUUACCCAGAGAUCACAUCUGUCUGAACAUCAAAAAAUUCAUAUUGGAGAGAAGCCAUUUUCAUGUUCAGAAUGUGAAAAAUGUUUUACUCAGAGAUCACAUCUGUCUGAACAUCAAAAAAUUCAUAUUGGAGAGAAGCCAUUUUUAUGCUCAGAAUGUGGAAAAUGUUUAACUUCCAAAUCAUGGCUUGUUCAACAUCAAAGAACCCACACAGGAGAGAAGCCAUAUUCAUGUGCAGAAUGUGGAAAAUGUUUUACUCGAAAAGCAAGUCUUCUUAUACACCAAAGAACGCACACAAAGUAGCCUUCUAACUUGUCAAAUUGUACAAAAACUACAACAUUGCAGUCAGUCACAAGAGAGAUCACUUUAGAGCAAUAAAUUUACAUGGGAAAAGUAUUAUUAUUCCAGAAAAUGUCUGAUAUACAAAAUGCAAAUAGAAUCCAAAUAACACAUCUGUAUAUAUGUCACCAGGUACUAGAAUAUUAUAUAUAUAUAAAUAAUCUCCAAACAAAUAAGAGAGAGA